AUGCCAGAAUUAUUAGACAAAGUAAAAAUUGGAGCUUGGGAUAGCACACCAGCACUUAAUAAUAAACCAAAGAUUUUAUUAGGGGAAGACACGUUGGUUAAUAAUAUUAUCAAAAAUGUCUUUUACUCUGGUGCUCAUAAGGGCAUUGAAACUCUUAUAAUGCCAAAAUUGGCAUAG